AUGCCGAUCUACGAGUCGCACCACCAGCACACGGCGCGCAAGCCUGCUACUGCAGCCAGUGCGUCUGCGGCCAAGCAAGCUGCGAGUGCAGCACCAUCGACGCUGGAGGCUCUUGCCCUCCUCGAAGCCUUGCUGGCGCAGCUAGCGCAAGGCGUCUCGACCGCAAAGGAGGCGGUGCACGCCGAGAACGCUGCCCGAGCGGCUGAGCCAUCGCUUUGCCUGUCCCACGACACGAAAUCAGGUGCACCAUGCAAGAACCAGCGGUCCAAGUGCCCGUACCGUCUCUGCGGCCGUCACACAGAUAGCCCGGCGGCAUCUAGCCGAAGGAGCUCUGCCCCGCGGGAGGACGAAGAAACGUCGAUUCCCGCAGCGCCACGUCGGUCGACCGCGACGCCCCGCACCGAACCCGAUACAACCCCCUACGCCCGAGCAUACUCGAACGCAUCGAGAGACGAGCCACAUGCGCCGCGCUCGUCUGCAGCGCCAGAACGCGGACACCCGGCCACUGCCAAGGUGGCACCAAAGACUCAGUGCGGAGCCAUGACUACUCGUGGCAAGCCCUGCCGCAACUUUCGUGGCUCGUGCCGGUACCAUGAUUAA